GGUCAGGGGGGCCAGCAGCACGGAAUCUCUACAACAUUAGUGUACAUUUAAGCCGUACAGGGGUAACAAACAUGUUUUUCUGCCACUGUUGGAACAAACUAUGACUGGAAAUUGAACUGGUUUCCGCCAUGUGACGUUCGAGAUUCAGAUAUGGAUGAAGUUCCGUGGAGCAGUUGAAGUUGUGAAUAAAGACAAGAGUUGUGAUCUACAAAUUGCUCCAUCAUGUCCUCCAUAAAGCAGCAGAGAAACAUUUGCGUUCUCCUACCCAACAAACACCAGCUGGAGAUCACAGUCGGGCUGAAGGCUACUGGGCUAGACGUUUUCAACCAAGUGACAGAGCUUCUUGGAAUCAAGGAGAUGCACUUGUUUGGCCUCACUGUUGUGAGAGACAAUGAGCACAUAUUUUUAGACAUGGAGGAGAAGCUGGCCAAGUAUUUACCCAAAGAAUGGAAGCAGGAGUCUGGAAAGGGUUUAGAGAAAAGACCCUUGCCCCUGGUGCUCUGCCUCAAAGUGCAGUACUACGUCGAGAACGGCAGACUAAUUAGUGAACGCAAGGCACGCCAUCUGUACUACUCUGACCUGUGCGAGCGGGUGCUGCGCUCCGAAUGUCGUCAGCAGGAGGAGGUGUACUUCCAGCUGGCGGGUUACGCAAUGCAGGCGGACCUUGGUGACCACCAGCUGCCCAAGGAGGGGGAAGAGAGCGCCCCUUACUUCGAGCCAAAGGAGUACUUUCCCCCAUGGAUAAUAGCCAAGCGUGGACUAGAGUAUCUCCUCUGCCAUGGGCCCAAAGUGCACCAGGACCUGUGGGGCAUGUCGGCACGUGAUGCCGUCCUCCUCUUCAUCAGGGAAUCCUGUCGACUGGAGGACGUACCUGUCACGUUUUACAGACUACAAAAGGACAAGAAGGAAGAGAGGGGAACAGCAAUAUUCGGCCUGACCCUGAGAGGAAUGCAAGUUUAUCAGGAGGCAAACAACAUUCGACAGCUGCUAUACGACUUCCCCUGGUCAAAUGUGGGGCGCCUGACUUUCCUGGGAAAGCGAUUUGAGAUCCAGCCCGAUGGCUUGCCAUCAGCCAGGAAGCUCGUUUACUACACUGGGUCGUCGUUUCGCUCUCGUCACCUCCUCCUGCACUUGAGCCGCAGCCAUCGCCUCUACCUCAACCUCCAGCCUGCUCUCAGACACCUUCGCCAGCUGGAAGAGGGCGAAGAGAAAAAGCGUUACAGAGAGUCCUACAUCAGCGAUGAUCUGGACUUAGAGCCACCAGGCAGCGAGAGCAGCCCCGGGUUGUCCCGCAUCUCCACCAGCAGCUCGGGCAUUGAAGCAGACGCUCGCCAGCCCAGCAUCUCUGCAGAGAUGACCUCCAUGGAGGAGGAAGCGGAACAGAGAGGGGAGAAGUGUUCCAGCUCCGCAGCCAGCCAAGUCAGCUCGUCCACAUCUGGCCUCGACAGCAAAGCCCAGACGGAGGAUGAGGAGUGGCAAGAGGAAGAAAUGAAGGCCGAUGUCAGACAGGAAGCUGUAGUUGAUGAUCCAGAUGAGAUGUUCCAGCUGGCUGAUCUUCUUAAGGGUGUGUCUGUGGAUAGCACACUCUCCUCGGAAACUCAAUCACCAGAGAGCAAAUUAUACUCUGAAGAUGAAGAUGGCAGCAGUGUGCUUAAACAGACGGUGGAAGCUCGGUCACAUGCUUGUGUGGACCGGCACAGCCACAGUCUUGACGAUGUUCGUUUGUUCCCACCUCAGGCACCCCUGGGGACCACACUGCCCACUGAUUCUUCACACAGCUACACCUUCGGCCUCUCGGACACAAACUCAAAGGCGCUGGUGGACCGUGACUAUUACCCUUUUUUGCACUGCCAUGCCAAACCUUCCUUCAACGGUCGCAGGUCUACCAACUGCUUGUCUCUGGACCUGUUGGCGGACGAGCAGUACCUGGAGUUCAUUCUGUGAACAAGCACAGGGGGCUUCAUGUUCGUGUCAUUUUUUUAUGUGGCCAAGGUGACACAGACGGGACACCUCAUUUCUAACUUGUAAUUGUCUAAAUGAAGUCACAGAGACUACAUUAAGCAACAAUUCUUUGUAAACGGCGUAUUUAUUGAUGAUGUUCUAUAUUUUGUACAUACAUCUUGCACUAUUUUAUGAUAUUUCAGCUUCUCUGUGCAAAAAGCAUUUCGAUCAAGCGAGUGGUGUUUUUUUGUGUGUGCAUGCAAUCUCUUGAGAGGUUGCUAUUGAUGACAAAAUAAGUUUCAAUUUUGUUGAUACAUUUCCAUUUAACCUAUUACUUUACUCCAGCAGAACACUUAAGAUGAACUUUUUAUUGGCUGAGAAUAUACACUAGCCGCUCCUCAUUUUUUGUAAUCAUGUUUUAUUACAUUCUCUUUUUGUA